UUAGAUAUGACAACACCAAGAAGUAUUAUAGUGGAGAGAAUUGAGAAGUUCAUCAGUGAUACUUACUUCACAGAUGUGAACAUCAAGGGAAAGAUUUACCCGCAGUUGGAUGCCGAUGCUAUCAAGCUCCAAGUGUCCGAUCAAUGUGAUCGUAUACCUUACCAAGACGCACUCAAGUUGCAUUAUAAAGAGUGCAAGGUUGGAUCAUCUUAUGGACCAAGUUGGGCUACUUAUUGGUUCAAGUUGGAGAUCAAUGUACCACAAGCAUUCAAGGGUAAGGAGGUUCAUCUUUUGUGGAACUCAUCAUCUGAGGCUUUGAUCUGGAACAAUGGUGUGCCAAUCCAGGGUCUGACCGGUGGCACGUGGAAUGAUAAACGUGUAGAGUACGUCCUAACCAAGCACUCCAACGGUAGUGAGCAUUACAGUCUAAUGGUUGAAAUGGCAUGCAAUGGAAUGUUUGGAGUUGGAAAGGAUGGAUUGAUCAAUCCAUGUGAUCCAAACAAGACCUUUACACUCACUCGUUGUGAGUUGGGAGUGUUUGAUCGUGAAUGUUAUGACCUGUACACAUACCUCACAAUGCUCUAUGAUAUCUCCAAGAACUUCCCAGAGGGAUCUCUUAGAAGCAACCAAGCACUUCAGGUCGGUAAUCAGAUGAUUAACGUGUGCGAUAUCAACAAUAGGGCUACUUGGAAGCAGUCCACAGCGUUGGCCAAGGCAUUCUUUGCUCAGAAGAAUGGAGACAGCCAACACAAUGUCAGUGCAAUAGGACAUUGCCACAUCGAUGUUGCUUGGCUAUGGCCAUACGAUGAGACAAAGAGAAAGGCAGCCCGUUCGUUCGCCACUCAGAUCCUCUAUAUGGACUACUAUCCCGAGUACAAGUUUGUACAGUCACAGGCACAGCUAUACAGCUGGACCAAGAAGUUGUACCCAGAGCUCUUUGACAAGAUCAAGCACAAGAUCAAGUCGGGACAGUUCGUUCCAACUGGUGGUACGUGGGUCGAGAUGGAUGGUAAUUUGCCAUCUGGUGAGUCAUUCAUUAGACAGUUCUUGUUUGGCCAGAACUUCUUUAUGAAGGAGUUUGGACUGCACUGCACAGAGUUCUGGUUGCCUGACACUUUUGGAUACAGUGGCCAACUGCCACAAGUCAUCCGCCACAUGGGCAUCGAGAACUUUAUCACACAGAAGCUAAGCUGGAACAAUAUCAACAAGUUCCCUCACUCAACAUUCAUGUGGGAGGGCAUUGAUGGAAGCAAGGUGUUGUCGCACUUCCCCCCAGCCAACACUUACAACUCUGCCGCCGAUGUUAAGGAGGUCGUGCUGUCUGCCACCAACAACAAGAAUGCUGAGCUUGCCAACGAGUCACUGCUGGUCUAUGGACAUGGUGAUGGCGGUGGCGGCCCCACCAUCGAGAUGAUUGAGAGACUCGUCAAGAUGCCCAACACAGACGGUAUCCCAAAGGUUGGUCUUCGCUCCCCACACGAGUUCUUUGAGCGCGUCAAGCCCGACGCCGACAAGCUGUACACAUGGGUUGGUGAGCUCUACUUUGAGCUGCAUCGUGGUACCUACACGACCCAGGCUGCCUGCAAGCGUGGCAACCGCAAGGGUGAGAACUUCCUUCACGACGUUGAGGCACUCUCCUCAAUCCUCGAGCUGAACAACCAGGCUGGCUUCCACUAUCCCAACAUUGAGCAUCUUUGGGAGUUGUUGCUGCUGAACCAGUUCCACGACGUGCUUCCAGGUUCAUCAAUUGGCAUGGUCUACAAGGACUCUGCUGCACACCACACUCAGAUCGAGAAGGAGUGUCGCCAACUGAUCGAGAACUCUCUUCAUCUGCUCGGUGGCACACAGGCAGGCACCGAUCUCCUCUUGUUCAACCCAACAGGCUUUGAUGUUGAGAGGAUCGUCGAGCUCCCUGACAACACCAUUGUCACCGAACAAAAGUCUCACAAUGGCCUGCCCCUGCACUUGGUCACCAUACCAUCGUAUGGCUUCACAAGAGUGUCAGCCAGUUCAAUCACCAAGAGCACGGCAACAGGACUCUCUGUGCAAGAGAACAAGGACUCGUUCGUAGUCACCAAUCGUUACCAGAAAUGCACCGUCAACAGGAAUGGAACAAUCAGCAGCAUUGUCGAUUUGCACACUGGACGCGAGGUCGUCAAGCCUGGCGAACAAGCCAAUCAGUUUGUGCUGUACGAUGACAUCCCGUUGUUCUGGGAUGCUUGGGAUGUUGAGAUCUACUCACAGCAAAAGUCAAACUUGGCUGGCGUCGCCACCUCUGCCAAGUUGGUCGAGAACGGUCCACUCAGAGUCGGCAUCCAGUUUGAUUCAUGA